AUGCGGAGGCCAGACUAUGUACUCCAGAACUUCGACUCCGAACAGCGGAGAAGAAUUUGCUGCACUCUUCGCUUCAUUACACACUACUAUGGUGCACACUUGAUGUUCUAUUCAUGUUACAAUGAGCAACUGGUGAAAAUCGGAAGGAGCCUGUUCAGUCACUUGGCCUUCGGAACUUCUGCAUCCAAAGGCAGAGUCGACGACCACAACAGACCAAUCUACCUCUUAUGCGGGAUGGACACCUUUGAAGAUCACGAAAUCACAGAGAAAAUCACUGAUGAACAACAAUUAUUCUUCGAACCAAUGAUUGACAAUUUCGUCGCUCAGAGAGAAAAAGAUUUGGAGGUCUACAUCAAACAGAAAAAGGAUCGACAAGCAGCGGAGGCACGAGCAGCAAAGAAGAUAACAGGCUCAUAA